UGUAUUUAUACCAAGUAGGGUCUGGCCCAGACGAAAUCACCUUUUCCUAGCCGAAAUAGGUCAUUUACUUUGUAAAGAUUUCACAGGCACGCCGCCCCAUGCAGCAUCUCACACGGGGCGCUAGUGGAGAAGUUCAUAGAGCACGUUCUGAUGGACAACAGCAAAAUAGCACUAUUGCGCCGCCUAGCGCGACGCACUACGCGUCACACUAAUGGAAAAAUUUAGAGGACGUUGUUCUUUAAUUCCUGAUGACAAUUUACUUGUCCCCUUUGUUGUCCACGUUGGCUAGCACAAAGUGCUAAGCCACUUUAUCAAAAUAUUUCAAACCUUGCAAGUUUUGUUGCCUAACAUUUGAAUUGGCAGUAACCUCGUCAUGCCCAACCAGCUCAAGGCUAUCGAAUUGGUCUUCAGUGUUUUUUUCUUUUAGUUUUCAUAUAUAUAAUAAUAUUUUGACCCCAAACUCGAUCCCGACUUUAAUUCUCGAACUUCUACUCAUACUUCAAAGCUCCACAUUAUUCGAUUUAAGAAGGGUUUACCCAGCUCGAGGUAAGGCUAGAGGGAUCUACGAGGACCAUUGCAAUCCCUAUGGAUAGUGAUCUGUUGAAGAAAAUGGAGAAUGUAGUCCUUGCCCUUGGCCCUCUUUACUCCAAUGUAGAGGGUGAAACCCUCAAAGAGAUGGACAAUGCUACCUUGUCGAGGAGCAUAUCCACCCUUGCUCUCAGGACCAUGAUUUUGGAGAUUGAAAUCACCCGAAGGGAGGAGAACCGUAAGGCAAUACUUAAGAGGUUGCGACGUAAAUAUUUCGAGUACCGCGGUAAGUACCGGGAGUUUCACAGGCAGAUUGGUGAGGGAGGCAAAUUGCAGGCCCUUCAUGAUGAAUUGAAGGAGAAGUAUGACGAGCUAGUAAGAGUUAUCAAGAAGUGUAGUGUCCUUGAGGGGAAGUUGAGAAGUAGGGAGGAUGAGCUCGAAGUCAGCAGUGUCAUAGAUGCCCAAUGUGGUGACCUUCAAACGCAAGUGGUCGAGCUGUGCAGGUAAUUGGAAGUGUGUCGGCUACAGAUGGAGGUACUUCAUGGAGAAGUCGCCGAGAAGCAGAGCGAGCUUAAGAAUGCAGUCUUCCCGUUUGGAGGCUCGGAGAAAAUUGGAGACGCUAGAGUUGGUGAAUAGGACUCUCCGGGCCAAGCAGGAGAUUGAUCAAUCUACGGCGAUGGCAAAAGAAGAUAGAUAGGAUAAUAGGAUGGGAUAGCUGGAUAAAGUUAACUCCCUUCUCCAGGACCAGGUAACCGCCUUAGAGGCUGAAAAGGCUCAACUACUUGCGCAACUGUCUUCCUCUCAAACUUCAAAUUUCCCAAACGUUCCUCGGGACUUGUACGAGGAAUGGUUUCAUGUUGAAGCUCAGUUGGACGUGUUUCGAGAUUUGUAUAAGGUGGGGUCGCGAGGUUCGGGUCGCUUGUGGAUAUGAACCCUCCACGCUUGAGGUUGGUGAUGAUAAGGGGGAUGGGGGCGUGGAACAGCUUGAAGAGAAUCCCUGGUAUGAUAUACCAUACCCUGAGGGCGAUGGUGAUGAUGAAGAGGAGGAUCGAGACGGCCCAAGUAUCUGUCACGACCCCAAAACUCACGUGUCGUGAUGGCGCCU